CCUCCUCCUCCCCUUACUCCUCCUCUUCCUCCUCCUCUCCUCCCCCUCUCCUCCCCUUCCGCCCGCGCCUGCGCCCCUCACCAUGGCCUCGCAGCCCAAGCGCCGGGUCGUGGCAGUGGAGAAUGGCUCAGAUUCGGGCUCGGGGUCGGAGUCAGAGUCAGAGUCGGGGUCGGACUCGGACUCUGAGGAGGUUGAUGAGGAAGUGAAUAUUGAAUUUGAAGCACAUUCCAUAUCAGACAAUGACUUUAAUGGGAUAAAGAAAUUACUGCAACAGUUGUUUCUAAAAGCUCCUGUUAACAUUGCUGAAUUAACUGAUAUACUAAUACAACAGAAUCAUAUUGGAAGUAUUAUCAAGCAGGCAGAAGUCCAAGAAGACAGUAGUGAUGACGAUGAAAAUGACGAUGAAGUCUUUGGUUUUAUAAGCUGUGUAAACUUAACAGAAAGGAAGGGUACACAGUGUGCUGAACAAAUCAAAGAGCUGGUUCUAAGUCGGUGUGAGAAGAGCUGUGAACAGCAUGUGGUUGAACAACUGGAUAAGCUCCUAAAUGACAGUACUAAGCCUGUUGGUCUUAUGCUAAGUGAAAGAUUUAUUAAUGUACCACCACAAAUUGCUUUACCCAUGCACCAGCAGCUUCAGAAGGAGUUAACAGAGGCACAGAGAACAAACAAACCUUGUGGAAAAUGCUACUACUAUCUUCUGAUCAGCAAAACCUUUACAGAAGCCACAAAGAGUAAUUCUAAGAGGAAGGAAGGGAGGAAUCAGCAAAAGGAGGAAUUAAUGUUUGCAAAUGCAGAGGAAGAAUUCUUUUAUGAGAAAGCCCUUCUGAAGUUCAACUACUCCGUGCAAGAAGAGAGUGACACCUGCUUGGGCGGCAGAUGGUCCUUUGAUGAUGUGCCAAUGAAACCUUUGCGGACUGUUAUGAUAGUUCCAGCUGUUAAUAUUAAUGUAAUUAUGGAUAAACUCAAAGACUAUCUCUCACUCUGAACUUUGAGAUACUUUUUUUAUAAAGCAGCCAUACAGAACUAUAACGUCACAAUAUUUUCAGAAGACUGCUAUUCAGUUAAUGGUUUUUUACUGCCCAUGUGCUUCCUCUGUACACUUACAAGACAAGGAGGUGGUACAACUGAAAAUAUCCAUCAAAUUAAUAUUUUUAAAUGUUGCAUCUUAAUAUACUUCUAGAUCAUCAUUAAGCAGUCAAUAAAAACCCAGUGUUACACAGAAAUCUGAAGAUCUGCUCAAUAUGUUAGUAACCGAACCGAAUCGUAUAUUUUUGUUAUGAAACAAUGCUUUUUCUAUUUGUUUCUUCUUGUUAAAUACAUUUAUGUCAACAAUUAGAAAUAAUUACAUGGGUUAAGGUGA